AUGGCUGAUAAAGGAGAAAUAUCUCAGCGCGAAAUAAACCCUAGAAGUGAAAGUGUUGGCUUCACUCGACCUCCUUCGACUGAGGAAGGAUAUGGUUGCUGUGGAAUUAUCCUAAUGGCGAUUUCCUUCCUGGUAAUGUUAGCAACCUUACCAGUCUCGAUUUUCAUGUGUAUCAAGGUCGUACAAGAAUACGAAAGAGCUGUUAUUUUUAGAUUGGGUCGCCUUAUGCAAGGAGGGGCUAAAGGACCUGGGUUGUUUUUUAUUCUUCCAUGCACAGACACCUACAUUAAAGUCGACUUGCGUACCGUGUCCUUCGAUGUUCCACCGCAAGAGAUACUGUCAAAAGACAGCGUAACUGUUGCUGUGGACGCAGUCGUUUAUUUCCGAAUCUUUGAUCCGACGAUGUCUGUUACUAACGUUGCCGAUGCAGAUCGUUCCACGAAAUUAUUAGCACAAACAACCCUAAGAAAUGUUUUGGGUACUAAAAAUUUGACUGAAGUUUUAGCUGACAGAGAACAAAUUAGUCAUUAUAUGCAGACUACAUUAGAUUCAGCUACCGAUGUUUGGGGAGUAAAAGUCGAACGUGUAGAAGUAAAGGAUGUCCGCCUUCCAGUACAACUCCAACGCGCUAUGGCCGCCGAGGCGGAAGCUACACGAGAGGCUAGAGCUAAGGUUAUUGCGGCUGAAGGUGAACAAAACGCUUCAAGAGCAUUUAAGGAAGCUGCUGAUGUAAUAUCUGCAUCGCCUGCUGCCCUUCAGUUACGUUAUAUGCAAACAUUAUCCCAGAUUGCAUCGGAAAAGAACUCAACAAUUAUAUUCCCAUUGCCCAUUGAAUUCAUGAAAGGUUUCAUGGGUAAUGAACAACCUUCGCAGGAUCAAACUAUGGUGAAGGCGCCUUCAGUUUCUAAACUUUAACUCGUGUUAUGAUAAUUUGAUAAUCUAUAAUGGAAGCCAAUUAAUGGUACUUUGACAUGUUUUGUUAACUAGCCGUUAAAAUUCAAGGUAAAGGUGAAGUCCUAACAUUUUCAUUGCUGAUUUAUGAAGGCAUAUAGCAUAGCUAAAGCUAUUCUUUGGUGUAACGGUCUUCCCUAUUUCUAGCCACUUAAAAGCUUACUUAGGUAGAUAUCUAUAAAGUGUCGUGUACUGGCUCAACUUCGAUAGCUUUAUAUUAUCUAGUCAUCAUCAUAUUGUAAUGAAAUGGCUGUUUCAUCGUAGACUCAAUACUAACUGUAGUAAUUAUCUUAACCAUCUUAUUCACUUACUGCGUAAUACAGUAAAUUGUUCUGAAUGCGUGCGUAUGUUGUCGAAUAGCGUGAUAGUUUUGACAUUGUACGCCCCUAAUGUACCUAUGAUUUCUCAAUUUAAGUGGCUCAAUAAAAU